AUGUCUAUAAAUUCGACUUUCGAGACGUCAACUUUCUUCAUCGAUAAACAGUUUUGGGAUUAUUUCGAUGGUUCUUCAUCUCUCAAUGUGACGUUUGAGGAUAUUCUGCCUCGGGACCAGGGGGUGGUGAUCACGACGUAUGGGAUAUUGAUGGCUAUAGGUGGUCUUGGGAACUUGGCGGUAUUAGUGACACUGGCCAGGUCCAGGCGGAGGAAGUCCAGAGUGGAUCUGCUGAUGACACACUUGGCUGUCGCUGAUGUGUGCGUGACUUGUGGUGUUAUACCUUUGGAGAUCGGUUGGAAGUACACAAAUGCGUGGUUGGCGGGGAACAUGAUGUGUAAAGUGCUUCUUGUGAUGAGAGCUUUCGGCCUCUACCUGUCGUCAAACGUGCUUGUUUGUAUUUCUUUGGACAGAUACUUCGCGGUGGUAUAUCCUCUACGACUGUCAGAAGCGCGCAGACGAAGCAAGCAAAUGCUUUACUGCGCCUGGGCAGUGGCUCUUGCAUGCAGCUUACCACAGAGCCUAGUAUUCCGUGUAAAACGACAUCCUUACGUCGCCGGCUUCGAGCAGUGCGUGUCCUUCGACGCAUUCGCGAGCGCACGACUUGAAAUCGCGUAUAACGUGUUCUGCGCCUGCGCAAUGUACUUCGUGCCGCUGCUCGUGAUCACCGCGUGCUAUGUGCGCAUCUUCUGCGAGAUACAGGCCAGCAGUAAGGAGCUGACUGAUAAACAAGAGUACACGAAUGGUAUAGCGAACGUGCGCCUGCGUCGCUCAGACCGCCGCGUGUUGGAACGCGCGCGACAACGUACGCUACGCAUGACGCUCAUUAUUGUGUUCGUGUUCGCGCUGUGUUGGCUGCCGUAUGCUACUAUGGCUAUGUGGUACAUGGUAGACAGGGACUCCGCGUCCCGGGUACCAGCGCAAGUCCAGGACCUACUCUUCGCGAUGGCCGUCUCCAACUCUUGCAUGAACCCACUCGUGUACGGAACCUAUACCCUCCGGCUGCACGGCUCCCUGCAGCGCCUGAUGAAGACCCUGUGCUGCAUGAGCGGAACUGCUUCUGAUACUAUGGGUACGUCAAGAUCGAGUUCAUCGAGAAAUAAAAAGAUGGAUACACCAUUAACGACAAUGAAGAACGGUGGUGUCAAAAAGCAGCUCGGCGUCCGUUUCGCUGAGACGUCACUAAGCGCGGUGGGUGAACGCGGCGAGGCGGUAGCUUGGUGCCGCGCGCCCGCCUGACACCCGCCCGCGCGCCUGCACUGCGCACGGCACGAGCGGUGCCGCGUACUGCACGAGUAUUACAAGGCGAGGACUAGCCAUGUAUAGUGUGAUCAAUGUCGCGAGUACUGCGAGUACUCGUGUGUGUUGUGUCGCGAGUAUUGGCGGCCUCGUGUUUAAGUGACCGGCGCGGUGUGUGAUCAUGUAGGCGGUGGCA